UCCUCCAAGGCAGGUGUAUGAAGUGUGGGGCGCAGGCAGGACGUGGGAGCACUGUGGCUGGACGGUAGGUGAGCACUACAGGGGCCAGACAGGAGGGGGGGGAGGAGGAGGAGCGGGGGUCAAGCAUGGAGCUUUAUUGACGCCCGCGCUCAGAUGCCCAUGCGGACGCCCGAGGAGGAGGAGGCGUGCGGCCGCCGAGAUGAACAGGAGCAAGAGGAAGCCCAACUGUGAGAGACCCAACGUGCUGCAGGGCAGGAAGCAGGUCCAGCGGAGGAGGAACACAUGUCCCAGUUCUCAGGACAUCACCCGGGCCCUGCAGGGCCCCCCUUCUGCGCCCAGCGCCAGUGCGGCCAGCCUAGAUGAGCUCAUACUACGCUGCCUCAACUGCUUCGAUUCUGAGGGGAAGCUAUGCAGCCCCCGAGGCUCCCAGACGGUCCACAUGACCCUGAUGAUGCACAGCUGGGUGGUCCCGUCCCAGACGUUCGCCCAGAAGCUCCUGGCCUUGUACAAGGACUGCCCCCCCGACAAGCGAGGACUGAGGCGGGGUCAAGUCUGCCAUCUGCUCAGGACCUGGAUCGGCCAGUUUCCUGCCGUGUUUGAGGCCGACCCCCUUCUGGAGCAGACCAUGGGGGACCUGUGGGCGCUGGUCCGCUCGGACGGGGAGGAGACGCAGCUCAUCGACAACUCCUGCUUAAGUCCUCACGUGAGCGUGUCACAGGCUCCGUCACCUUCAGUGAAGAAGAGGAAGGUAUCUCUCAUCUUCGACCACAUGGAGGCGGAUGAGAUGGCCCAGCAUCUCAGCUACUUGGAGUUCAAGAACUUCUGCAACGUUUCGUUCCUGGACUACCGCAGCUACGUGGUGCGAGGCUCGGUGAGGGAUAACCCGGCGCUGGAGCGCUCGGUGAUGAUGUGCAACGGCGUGUCCCAGUGGGUCCAGCUGAUGAUCCUCAGCAGGCACACGGCCCAGCAGAGGGCGCAGGUCUUCACCAAGUUCAUCCAUGUGGCUCAGAGGCUUCGAGCUCUGCAGAACUUCAACACGCUGAUGGCCGUCACGGGAGGCCUGUGCCACAGCUCCAUCUCCCGCCUCAAAGACACGUACAACCUGCUGCCUCCUGACGUCACCAAGGUCCUGAGUGAGAUGACAGAUCUGCUGUCGUCAUGCAGCAACUACAGCAACUACCGCCGCCUCUACAGCGAGUGCAGUGGCUUCAAGGUUCCCAUCCUGGGCGUGCACCUCAAGGACCUGAUCUCCCUCAACGAGGCCCUGCCCGACUACACGGACAAGGACAAGAUCAACCUGAGCAAGCUGCAGCACAUCUACAGCAACAUCAAUGAGCUUCUGGCUCUGCACAGCUGCACGCCGCCCUUCGAGGCCAACAAGGACCUCCUGCACCUGCUGACGCUCUCUCUGGAUCUCUACUACACCGAGGACGAGAUCUAUGAACUCUCUUACGCCAAGGAACCCAAGAACCCCAAGAUACAGCCCGUCGCUCCAAUUAAGCCGCCGGUGGUGGCAGAAUGGGGGUCAGGGGUCACGCCCCGCCUGGACCCCAACACCAUAUCUAAACACGUCAAACAGACGGUAGACUCCAUCAUGAAGAACUACGACCACAAGCAGGAUGGCUACAUCUCACUGGAGGACUUUGAGAAAAUAGCCGCCAACUUCCCCUUCUACUUCUGCACGCAGGAAACUGACAGGCAGGGUCAAAUCAGCCGCGAGGAGAUCACGUCCUACUUCAUGAGGGGGAUGUCGGUGUGCGCCAAGCUGGGCUACAGCUUCAACGACCCUCACAACUUCCACGAGACCACCUACAAGAGACCCACCUUCUGCGACACCUGCGGGGGCUUUCUGUGGGGCGUCAUCAAACAAGGCUACCACUGCAAAGGCUGCGGGAUGAAUUGCCACAAACAUUGCAGGCAUCAGGUGGGAAUGGAGUGUGUGAAGAAACACAAAAACAACAGUGGGUCCUGCCCGUGCACACCCGCCCCGGACUCUCGCACCAAGGGGACCGCAUGGAGCACAGAGGAGGAGGCCUUCGUCUUCUCACAGGGCAAUGAUGUGGAACACAACAAGGGCGCCCCCAUCAGGAAGACUACAGAUUCAGCCCCUUUGGACCGCUCCACUCAGACGGACCCUGGAGUGUGGACCCCUGAGAAGAAGGCGCCCAGGAUUUACAACCACAGUUUUCCUGGACAGGCCAACACGCUGCCUGCUCAGAGGAGUCGAGGCUGCUCCAUGCCCGUGUCCUUCCUGCAGGAGAAGCUGGAGGAGCUGCAGCUCUCCAAGGAGAAGAGCCGGGAACCGGACUGAUUCAACCCUCCCCCCUCCUUCAUCAACCUUCCCCACUGCACCCCCCCCCCCCCAAAAAAAAGACAAAACUUCCCAAACCUUCAUUGUUUGUGCCCCAGCACAGUUCAACGAUGGACUGUUUUAAAUAUUUCCAUUACUCAUGUAGUUUCUGGUGCUAAGUAUCUUGGGAACGUCACGUGACCAGUUUCCUGAUCCAGGAGGAGCCCAUGGAGGGAAAUGAACACUAAGGCAAAGUUGGCAUUGACAUAACCUUGGCAGCUAAGUUCAGUCCACAAAGCCUGCUGGAAGAAGUCAAGGUUUGUUGUUGGCGUUCUUUGAUAGCAACUCCAAUCAGUUUGUCUUUUCAAACUUUGCUUUUUGAUUUCAGAGCCGAUUCAGCACCAAGCACCUCACAACUGGCUGGUGAUCACUUUUGCAUUAUUGUGUUAAAGCACAAAAUAAAAAUGACAUUUAAAACCCUUCAAGUGUGUGAAAAGGUGAAGAAAAAAAGCCGACAGGUUCCAUCCAGGUGUAUACAACGGCUUUUAUUGUACAAAGACAAGAAACAGCUCGGAUCAUAAUUAGUUUAACCACACUGGUACAAAAGAAAUAUGUCUCUUAACUACAGCAAGCACAAAGGGAUUUAAAAAAAAAAAAAGCAUUAUACAUCUACUGAAAAAGUGGCAUGAGCGCUUAAAUACAACGGCAUGAACACUUUUAAAAUGUUGCAGGAGUAAAUCAUCCGGAAGCAAAACAAAGAAGGUGUAAUGAAAGCAAAAAGCAUGCUUUUGUUCAUGUUGACGUAUUUCUAGUGUUGACUUUUCAUACACUGAAGCUCUCCUCUCAUUCGGACACAAACCAAGCAUCGUUGGGUUAGCUUCUCCGUAGCUAACAUCUACCACCGCACUGCCACCGCCUUAUAUUAGACUGAUUUGGGGGGGGGGGGGGGGGUAAA